UUCAUAUUUUUCUGAGAGUAUAUUUUAUUUUUCGACGAACUUUGUAGCUAAUUAUGGCCUUAGAGGCUGUUGUCUACCCACAAGAUCCAUUCUCCUUAAUAUCUUGCAAAGAUAUUCAGUUUCACGACUUCUACUUUCAACAAGAAGACAAUCAAGAUCCACUAGACACCAAGAACAACAUUAAGCUAGGGCAAGAACAAAGACAAGGGCUUCCGAGAAUUAAUUAUAACGGUAAAAGCGUAGAUACUUUUACCAAUGAUGACUAUAACUACAACGAUCAGGAGGAGGAUCUUCGAUGGCCACGAGACGACCAUCUUUAUGGAUCUGCCUUGGACCAACCUCCACCAUCGGAUGUGGCGGCUGGAGGGGGGAGGAGGAAGAGGAGGAGGAGGACAAAGAGUAGCAAGAACAAGGAAGAGAUCGAGAACCAGAGGAUGACUCACAUCGCCGUAGAGAGAAAUCGCCGGAAACAAAUGAACGAUUACCUCGCCGUUCUCCGUUCUCUCAUGCCACCUUCUUACGCUCAAAGGGGAGAUCAAGCGUCAAUAGUAGGCGGAGCCAUUAACUACUUAAAGGAGCUUGAGCAUCAUUUACAAUCAAUUGAGCCUCCGUUAAAGAGUACCACCGUCCCAGUAGACACCGAAUCCGCUUCCCCCGCCGCCGACCAGAUCAACACUAUUGCCGCCAGCUCGUUGGGACAGUUCUCAGAGUUCUUUGCUUUUCCUCAAUACUCGAGCCGACCUUCUUCAUCGUCUGUGGCUGAAGGGAUGGCGGAGAUAGAGGUGACGAUGGUGGAGAGCCAUGCGAGUGUGAAGAUACUCGCCAAGAAGAGACCCAAACAACUUCUUAAACUGGCGGCAUCGAUACAGAACCUGAAGCUUACUGUUCUUCAUCUCAAUGUCACCACUUGUGACGACUCUGUCCUCUAUUCCAUCAGCCUAAAGAUUGGGUUGAUUCAGGUUGAAGAAGGGAGCCAAUUGAAUACAGUGGAAGAUAUUGCAGCAGGCAUGAAUCAAAUCCUAAGGAGGAUCGAAGAAGAGUCUUCUUGAGCUAAUAUAGUUGGAUUUUAGUUAUGACACAUCUAGAGGACCUCUAAUUUUUCAUGUGUUAUCUUUUAAUAUCCUUUUCAUAUUAAAAUAAAUAAAAAUAAAUAACUUUCGAUUGGUCUUUGUAUUUUUUAUUGCUUCACUUUUAAACGUAUGACGGUGCUUCGUCUGUCAUUUCCUUUUGUUUAUCCCAUUAUUGAAAUGACUUCGUUUUUCAUUUUGUUACUAAUAUACAUGAUGUUAAAAUUAAAGAUAAA